CAGUCAGGUUCUCAACCAGCGUCACCUUGUACUCAUCGUGCUUUUUGGUUUUGUCAUAGGAGCGGCAUAGUUGGAGACACAGUGUUCUUUUCUACGAUCACGUUUCACGCGGAAUGUAUAUCGGUCUACUGCGACGAGAGGGAUUGGAUCCCUGCCGACCAAUAGAGUAUCCGCUUUCCGUAUAGCGUUGUCCUUGAGUAAGAGUAUACACAGCGUCCUGCAGAUGUUGCCUUAUUCAUAUUCAUGACGAGCAGUCGAGUGACCUAUCAGCGACAGCAAGUUUCUACCCAAGGCGUGUACUUCAUGAAUAUCUAAUCACAAAGCGCAAAAGGGUAGAUUGGUUCGGUUCACAAUUGUUUUGGCGAAACUAAUUUUUGACGAGGUCUCACGGCGAUAGGACUAUCACAACAAUCGACAAACUUCAAGGAAACGUCCGUCUUCCAUAGCCAGUAUUUGCGCGGAAUCGGUCCUUGAGCAGUCAAUUAUGCCUGGAGAAGCGACAAUUACAUUAACCCUUGCGCCAAACUCGGGACAAGCUAAGCCGUUCCCUUUUGUUUUGAAGAAAGUCAUGGAUAUUCCUCCACCCAAUAUUCUUGACGAGGGCGAUGAUGAGAUCAAGAAGGAGAAGCUAUGCCUUGUCGAAAGCACCGAGCCUGGAAGCGAUGCGGCCGGCACGGCCAGUGGUGGAGGGACAGGGAGCGUUUCAGCCUCCCUGACCCCCGCCAUCUGGGAGAAGACCAUCCCGUAUGACGGCGAGAACUUCCACCUGGAGUACAUGGACUUGGACGAGUUUCUUCUGGAGAACGGCAUCCCCAUCUCCCUCGAGGAGGAGCUACAGCGUAGCCUGGGACAGGAGCAGGGCAGCGAAGGGAGCAGCGGCGCCGAUGAGGCCAAGGAAUCUUUGUCCUCUACGACGCCGGCCACCUCCAAGGCUGCUCUGCCAGAAGCCACAGACCCACCACAGGCAACAGUGGAGGAGGAGGAGAAGAAGAAAAAGAAUAAGGAGGAACAGCAGAAUAGAGAGGAUGAGGAACAAGAGGAAGAUGGUGAUGAUGAGGAGGAUGAGGAAGAGGAUGAUGAUGACGAAUCUCUGACAGAUGCCACCGAAUUAGAAGCUGCACAAAUUGAAGCAGGUAAAAGAAAGCAACGAGGCACCCCAACACCCAUGGAUCCAGAGGAGAUUGAGGUGGAUGUGAACUUCCAGCCAGACCCCACUGAUCUGGUCCUGUCAAGUGUGCCGGGGGGUGAGCUCUUCAACCCUCGCAAGCAUCGCUUCUCAGAGGACGAGCUGAAGCCCCAACCCAUGAUCAAGAAGGCCAAGAAGGUGUUUGUUCCUGAUGAGCGAAAGGAUGACAAGUACUGGUGCAGGAGGAAGAAGAACAACGUGGCAGCGAAGCGCUCCCGCGAUGCACGCCGGCUGAAAGAGAACCAGAUCGCCGUGCGGGCGUCCUUCCUGGAGCGGGAGAACGCGGCGCUGCGGCUGGAGGUGGCCGAUCUGCGCAAGGACUACGGCCGGUGCAAGAACGUCAUCGCCCGCUACGAGACCAAAUACGGUCCACUCACUGUGUUGGAGACUCAGGACAAGGACAUGUGAAGCAAUGAUUUAUUGAUUUAUUCAUGACGGGAGAGGGUGAACCAGAUGAAUAAAUGAAUAAAUGGUGUGGAUUACCACCAAAGCAGAUGGACGUCUUGGUUGGGAAUCUUGCGCAGAAGAGGACAAAAUGGCGUGAGGGGACUGGGUGUCUGUAAAAUGUGUGUGUUCCUCAGCACCUCAGUAGAUGUGUGUCACGGUCCGUGGUUAUAGUGACCGUGGCCCUCAAGAGUUCUUUCUUCCUAAAUCACCAAUGGGGUGUGUGUGCGUGUCUGCAGGAGAGGUUUUUGUACUGUCCUUCCCUUGUUCACACAAAGGCUUUGUGUUUGCUCUUCCCCACUGUGUUGCACUCUCAAUUGUCUGUGUGUGUGAAUGAGAGAUUGCAUGUGAAUGUGUGUCUGUGCUCGAGGCGAGGGUGAUGACAUUGGAGAGGGAUAACUCAACUGAAGCAAUUGCUUGCUCAAUAGUGAUAUUUACAUGGGUCUUGCAUACCCAUUUGUGAAAUAGAGUUUGAGAUGUGUAAGGAUAUCCUUGUAAGAACUAGCACUGUCCUGCGUGUUCCUGCGCUGACAUCACUGAAAGGGUAAGAUGACCUUUUUUUGGCAAGGUGGAGGCAGAUUACUUUACAGAUUACAAACAUGUCUGUGGUCUGGCAUAUCAGGUAGUUAUAAAAGGGAACAGUUAUCUGUUGUUAUCUAAACUGUAAAUAGGCUUGUUUUUUGUUUUGUUUUGUUUUGUUUUGUUCUUUCAGUGUGAUGAACUAGCUGGGAAUUUGUACCUUACUGAUGUUACUAUGAUUUUUUUUUUUUUUUUUAAUCUGUUGAUGAUUUAGUAAUGAUGUGCAUCUCUUCUUUGAUGCAUCUAUUGAUUUUGAUGUGCACAAAAAAGAUUCUACAACAAUAAUUUCUUUGUGUAGUGAAAAAAGUACACAAAAACAGAACCAGUAACUGUGCAGGGAUUCUAUGAUUUUAAAAUAAGUGCAACACGUUGAUGACAUUGCCAAGAAAUGUACCCAAUUGAUUUGAAUAUUAUGCUUUUUGUACUCUUCCAACCAGUCCACCGUCAUGUUUACCUCAUACAAAUAAUUUUUGGCUGUUCUGGACUUUAGGGGAGUAGUUUGUCUUCCUAAAAUGAACGUGAUCACAUGAAGGCUGGGGCCUCUUUUUUUUCAAAAGGCCUUGGUGACUUGGCCAAGGACUGUGAACAGUAAGAGGCUGGGUGUCUUUCUUACAGACUAUCAUACAGUAUGGACAUUAAUCAUCAUGGGACUCAUUCAACAGAUCUGGGGAUCUAAACCGAUCACCACAUGGAUCAUUGAACAGACCUGGCAUUUCCACAGAGAAGUGUCAAAAAUAUAAAUGUUUUUUUUUAAAUAUUGUCUGAAGUAAGUAAGACUAUCUCCAUUUAUUUAUCUGCUAAAAUAGUGGAACGGAGAUUAAUUGAAGGGUAUAUAGGCACCAAAGUUUAUUUGUGCUUCCAUCUGAUGAUUGGUAAAAGUUGGACUAACGAAAGCUGGAAAUCACAAAUGUUUGAAAAUGGAAAUAGUUUUUUAAAUUCAAGUUUUGUGGUGGGGAAAAAUGGUCAUUAUGGAGGCCUUGCUAGAUCAACACACUAUUAGAGGGGUUGGGAUUUGCAUGGUAAGCUUUGCUUUGGGCUUGGAUGCGUAGAACCAUCAGGACGCACAGUAGUGACUUCACAUUUGGUGUAUAGAACACAUUUCUUUGCCUAAGUAAGGGAGGUGCUUUCCUUAGUUAUCUACUGAGCAGCAAAGUGUAUCCAAGGUAAUGCAAUGUUAAAAUGUACCGAGUUUCGUUUUCAGCACUAAUUGCUUGCUUCCUGUACUUCCAAAACAUUUUGAAAUGUUUUUCUUUUCUUACUAUUUUUGUAAUUACUGCAUUUUUUAUAUGGAAGUUAAAGUAGCAGGUGGUCAGUCACAAAUCGUGCCCUAUUCAAAAAUGUUCAUCACUGUGUAAUUUAUGUAUUUCGAUUAAAUAUUGUGGUUCAGAAAAAUGGGUUUUGGAGGUCAUCACUUUGCCUUUUUCAUGCUGCAAAAUUUGGGAAUUAUUAGAAAGGACUUCAGUUCUGCUUGCCAUUUUAAAAAAGAACUUAUGACAUGAGGGUACUGGUCAUCACCUGUACAAUUUGUGAUUGACCACAGAUGCCUUUGUUUUGGAAAUGUAGCAGUCUGACACCUCACUUAACGCCUGAUUCACUUUUUGAAAAACAAAAACAAUCUUGGACAUUUUGAAGUCGCCUGUUGUCCAGUAUUGGUGCAUUUUCAGCUUCUUUCAUUAUUAUUUUUUAAGAAAUAAUAUUUCUGUUUUUAUAUAAAGGCACCUUCUGUUUCCUACUUAUCUCCCCAUCAUUAUGGGGUGUGUGUAAUAGCUGUAUGUUCUAACAGUAUCUUGUGUCAUGCAUAUUAAUAAAGACUAAUUUGCUGAAACAUA